AUGGCGGGUCUUCAGCGAUCCACCAUCUCCUUCCGCCGACAGGGGUCUUCUGGUAUAGUCUGGGACGAUCGUCUCAUCGCCGAGCUAAACCAACAAGCCAACGACCAGAAAGGCGAAACUCAACAGCAGGACGAACAGGCUAAGCUGAUUAUGUCGGAAGGCCACGAUCAGGCUGCCGGAGACGGAAUUAAGCCAAUCAAAACCGACGGAGGCAUCGAGAGGAGUCGAUCUAACGGCGGAGGAGGAGCUACCCGUUACCAUCGAAACACCGGAAGAGUGUCUCCGGCCGUGGAUCCGCCGUCGCCGAGAUUGUCGGCGUUUGGUUGUUGCUCUGCCUUCGGGAAGAAACCGCCGGUGAAGAAAUCGGUUAACCAGAGGAAAAGGCCAGCGAAGCGCAGAUCCAGGUAG